AUGAGAAUACUUACAAAGGCACGAGCAUUUAAUCCUCAUUUAGCAGAGAUGUUUCUGAACAAGAUACCCUAUUAUUACAGCAGAGCUCAUAUGGCUGAUCCUGAAGCAUGUCAAAAAAUACUUGAUAAAUUAGAUUUAAAAAGUAAAUAUGAUGGUUCUAAAUUAGAUAUUGUGGAUGUUAAUCCUGGAUAUGGAUUAUUUUCGACCAUGUUGAAUUAUGAAUUAAAACCAAGAAAUCACAUUUUAAUUGAAAAUAAAGAACGUUGUGUUACUAGUUUAUCGUCAAUAAUCAAUAAAUUAGUUGAAGAAACAGGACAUAAUUCCAAUUUUACAUUAUACAAAAAGGAUUCAUUUAUAUGGGAAACUUAUAAUGAUUUGAUUGACAAAGAUAAACUUAUUCAACCACAGAUUAAAUCAUUUGAUACUCCUCAUGAUGAGUUAUUGAUUUUGGCAAAUUGGACGGGAAACAAAGAAGAAUCGGUGCUUGCCCAAUGGAUUAAAUGUUGUGGACAUAGAAAUUGGUUAAUGAAAUAUGGUAAAGUCAGAAUGGUUAUAUUUGCUCCUUCAGUAUCAGCAAUGAAAUUUUUGGGUGAACCAGGAUUUAAGAAAAGAAGAAGAACCGGGUUAAAACGUGAUUUAUAUACUGAUUCUAGAUUGAUUGGUGUUGUGAAUUCAGAAAAGGCUCCAGGAUUGGGAUAUGAUGCAAGAGUUUUAGUUCGUGAUCAACCAGUAUUACUUGAACCAUCUAGUGCUCAUAGAGAUGAAGAUUAUUCCGUGAUUGAAAUUUCUCCAGGGAAAUAUACUGCUUCACAAAUAGAAAAUAUUGAACAUUUUUUACUGGCAAUUUAUUUAACCAAUAAGAAAUUGGUUGAUAUUCUUCCUACUUUAGCUCCAGGGGCUAUGUAUAUGGCUAAAGAUUUGCCAGAAGAAAUGUUGCAAAAAUCUUCUUAUGAGUUUACUUGUGAAGAUAUUAUUAAAUUAUCAGAAGCAUACGAGAAUUGGCCAUUCAAACCAUCAGUGGCAGAUCUAUAUGAUUUUGAUAUUACUUUUUCAUAA